AUGGAGAAUGAAGAUGGCUAUAUGGUCCUGGAUUCCAAGAAUCGUUUCAAAUCCAGCUCUAAAGAAUGUUCCCUGUAUCCACCGUAUUAUUGUCUUAUGCUAGUAUGUGGCUGCAUUGGGAUCCUUAUUAUCAUGAUCACACAGAUUUGCCUGAACUUUUGGGAGGAAAAAAAGGAUUUCUCCCAGAAAGUAAAUAUCAGCCGUCUAGCAGGAAAUAAUCAUGUGUGCCCCAAAGACUGGCUGCUGAACCAAGGGAAAUGCUACAGGUUUUCAAUGCCUUCCAAAACUUGGAAUGAGAGUCAACAUGAUUGUGCAUACCUACAGGCACAUUUACCGGUGAUCCAAAGUUUGAAAGAGCUGGAGUUCAUACAGAAGAGUUUAAAACCUGGAAAUCCUGCUUGGAUUGGACUAUAUAUUGCAUCCCCAGGAAAACAAUGGAUGUGGAUAAAUAAACACCUUUUUGUGGAAGAAAACAAAGCACCCGGCUUGUGGCAAGUUUGAAGCAAAGGCCAUGGAGCAAUAGGCCAUUUUGGUCUGGCUAUUUAUGUACUCCUAGAG